AUGAUCGCCAUGAGCAUAUGGACCGCCCUGGUGGCCGCCGGCCUGAUAGGGCUCGGUCCCCUGGCCUGCGAGAAGGUGAUGAGAUGCUGCCUCCAGGCCGGCGUGUGCAAAAAAAAGCACUCUCCGGACUUGUACUGCGAUGAUAUGCAUGAGCGUGAUGACGGCUGCGACGGCGGCCAGCCUCAUACUAAUCGGGCCGCUGCUCUGCGACAAAUUCCUCAGGUGCGUCUGUUCCAAGAAAAAGUGAAA